GUGAUAAAAAGGUCAAAUGGGGAAAUGAUCGAGUCUUUUCCUCAAGAAGGGACGACUGGUUAAUCCGCAUGCUGCUCGUGGACUGUCCAGGGUCUAUCAGGGACCCAGACAUGUCUUUGGGUGGACCUGCCUUCACUGAGAGUGCUCAUAUCAAACCGGUAGUAUUAGAGCAUAGGCGGGCUUUUACUUUGAAACGCCAGACCGGAUGUCCCGUCUCUUUGCUCUCGUGCUGACUUGCUGUUGGUGCGCAUCUCACCGACCGGGAAUACCGAUUUGUGAACAUCUCGGCCUGUUCCCCGCUGCACCGUGAAGCCGUGUUUGUGCAGGCGGAGCUGGUGGAGGUGGUGGCCGGUUAAGGUGACUGAUUCUCGGUCAGUGUUUGACGGACGGCCCGGCCAUGGAGAUCGUCAUCCAGGAGGAGCCGUGUUUGUUUGCUGUGAAGAUAUGAGGCAGAGGGUGGAGAGCCGACACAGAGACGCUGGGCUCCGGCCAAACAUCACCGCAUUUUAGCACAGUCUAUUCGAUGCUCGGGAUUUGCAUUACAUUGCAUUUGCUGCAUCGCUGAUCGGCCUCAGUUUCUGCACCGUGCAUGGUGGAAGAAAAUGCAGCCCGUUUGAGGACACCCUCCCUCCACAUAUUCACUGCUGCCAUGACAGGCAGAGGUCUCCUCUGGACCGCGGCUCGGCCGGCUGGAGAAGAGGCGGAUUGAUUCGGGACGGUGGGUCUCAUCUGCGGAUGUUAUUGUGUCUGUGGAGCCUGAAAACACCCUCCGAGCGAACACCCCGUGAAUCUUACUCAGGGAAAAAAGCAACAAAACAACAUGUCCUCUCGAUCUGCAUUACCGUCUGGAAACGACAGGAGUAGUGGAGACCAUCAUGUGUCGCUGGGGUCCAGCCGGGCAGACAAGGCCACCAGCCAGUCCAGCCGCUCGCUGGGCGCCCGGUGCAGAAACUCCAUCGCCUCGUGCUCAGACGAGCAGCCGCACAUCGGCAACUACCGCCUGCUGAAGACCAUCGGCAAGGGGAACUUCGCCAAGGUCAAGCUGGCCCGCCACAUCCUGACGGGCAAGGAGGUUGCAAUAAAAAUCAUUGACAAAACUCAGUUGAACCCAACCAGCCUACAAAAGCUCUUUCGGGAGGUGAGAAUAAUGAAAGGCUUAAAUCACCCAAACAUAGUAAAGCUGUUUGAGGUGAUUGAGACGGAUAAGACCCUUUACCUAAUCAUGGAGUAUGCUAGUGGAGGUGAAGUGUUCGACUACCUCGUGUCCCAUGGGAGAAUGAAGGAGGUGGAAGCCAGAGCCAAAUUUCGACAGAUUGUUUCUGCUGUCCACUACUGCCACACGAAGAACAUCGUCCACAGAGAUCUGAAGGCGGAGAACCUUCUGCUGGACGCCGACGCCAACAUCAAGAUCGCCGACUUCGGCUUCAGCAAUGAGUUCACGCUGGGCAACAAGCUGGACACGUUCUGUGGCUCGCCGCCCUACGCUGCCCCCGAGCUCUUCCAGGGCAAGAAAUAUGACGGUCCCGAGGUGGACGUCUGGAGCCUGGGAGUGAUUCUCUACACGCUGGUCAGCGGCUCACUGCCGUUUGACGGACAGAACCUGAAGGAGCUGAGGGAGCGUGUGCUGAGGGGAAAGUACCGCGUCCCCUUCUACAUGUCUACAGACUGUGAGGGGAUCCUUCGCAGGUUCCUGGUGCUCAACCCCUCCAAACGCUGCACACUGGAGCAAGUGAUGAAGGACAAGUGGAUCAACACAGGGUACGAUGGGGAUGACCUGAAGCCCCACAUAGAACCUGUGGAGGACUACAGUGAUCCAGCUCGUAUAGAGGUGAUGGUGGGGAUGGGCUUCACUCCAGAGGAAAUCAAAGACUCUCUGCUCAAUCAGAAGUACAACGAGGUCACAGCCACAUAUUUACUGCUGGGCCGCAAAGGAGACGAGGGCAGUGAAGCUCGCUCAGCCAGUAGCCUGUCCCUGGCGAGGGUCCGACCCAGCCCAAUCACCAACGGGACCAACAAGCACUCCUCAGCCACCGGCUCCUCCUCCUCCUCCACCUCCUCCUCACACAGCAAGACGCAGCGCAGUGCCUCCACCUACCACAGGCAGCGACGGCACAGCGACUUCUUCCUCCACAACAAAGGCGGGCCCUCCAUGCCCGUCAUGCACCCCAAGAGGAGCCCGACCAGCACAGGCGACCGGGAGCUGCGGGAGGGCCGGAUGCCCUCUCGUAAGGCGAGCUGCAGUGUGAUGGGGAGCCACAGCCUCCCCCCCUCCAGCCCCAUGGUUAGCAGUGCCAACAACCCCAACAAGUCUGAGAUCCCAGACCGCCGCAAAGACAUGACUGCCACCACGAAUAACAUCCCUGGAAGCGCCAUGACACGCAGGAAUACGUACGUGUGCACAGAUCGCUCAGGCGCCGACAGACACUCUCUCCUGCAGAACGGCAAAGACAACAGCUCUCUGGGUCACCGCAUGCCUGCAGCGUCUCCCUCCACGCUCAGCAUCUCCGGGGCCGGAGCCGCCUCCUCCUCCUCCUCUUCAGACCGAUGCCGUCUGACCCGAGGAUCCACGAUCCGCAGCACCUUUCACGGGGGACAACUGAGGGACCGCGGGCCCCCGGUCUACUCAGCACCCCCGACUUCACCCACCCUGUCCCACCAUGAAGCCAGUCCUCUGCCCCACGCCCGCACCAGGGCCACCUCCAACCUCUUUACCAAGCUGACCUCCAAACUCACCCGCAGGGUCACAAAUGAAUCUGAGGGAAUCCGGAGAUUUGCGGUCACAAGUUGCCAUCUACCUGGGAAUCAAAAAGCGUCCGAGCCCCGGGCCGUCGGACGUGGCUGGGAUCUGAGAGGCGGUGGGCGGCGGGACCCUGCGGAGGUGGUACUGGCUCUGCGGGAGGCGGCGCUCGGAUGCGGCUGCCAGGUCCACCUUGCCGGCCCCUUUCUGCUGUCCUGCACCCACGGCGUGGCGGGGGGCCGCGUGGCUUUCGAGGCCGAGGUGUGCCAUCUUUCCACGGGCACCUCCGAGACUUCUAACGGGGUGCGCUACACGAGACUCUGGGGGGCGCCGCUAGCUUUUCGGGACAUUGCCACCCAAAUCUCUAAAGACCUUGAACUUUGAAGCGGAGGGGGUGUUUGCGUACCGGUGUGUGUUUUUGUGUGAGUGAGUGUCGAUGUGUGUGCGCAACGGGAGGGGGGUGGAAACAAUCGAAGAAAAAAAAUCACGGAGAAGGGGCGAGGGGCUGGACCCGAGAGAAAAGACUUCUCCUUCUGUCUCUUUCAUGACUUACCCCCCUCCCCCCCACCACACACAAACACACACAUAACACACACACAUCUGACCCGUAAGUCACACAGACUGAAGCACCCCCCUCCACCUAAUCACCCACCCCGCUCAGCCAACUUCUUCACUGAGCGUCUGCACCCACUGGACCUGGAUCAGACAGAACUAGUCGAGUAUUUUUUAUUGCUACUCUAGCCAUAAUGACUCUUUAUUUUGUUAUUUAUUGCUCUGAUCUUUGUUUUUACCCUCUAUCACCUCCACAGCGACAGAAAAACAUCAUCUCUUUGUGUCAGUCCUUUUUUAAACUCUUCUUUUAUAUGUCACCUUUACGCUCAUUUUUCUCUCCCUCACGGAUGACCUGAUUAUCUGCUGACUCUUCAUCACCUGGGGACAAUCACAUGCACACAAACGUGGAGAUGGUGCGACUCAGUGAUCAGAUAAGCAGCCGCAGAGGGUUGCAUUGCUUUGAUUCCUGUACAUACAGCAGUGACGACUGCGCUGGAUUAAGGUCAGUGAGAGCAGCGCUGACAGGCUUUGGAGCAGCCAAUCAGAGGUAGACCUGGAGUAAAAAUCAGUGACAUCUUCCACUUCAUUUAAUCAGAGAGUUGUCACUUCUCUUAUCAUGAGUUUACCUGAACGGGACAGGCACAAAACAGUCGGAACGUCUUGGUUUAAACAGUUUUAUCAGCAACAAAAUGAGGGAAAGAAUAGCUUGUUGCAGACACAGGGCGUUGGUAAAGUAUCAUUUUAGUGACUAAAAGUGGACUUUUAAGAUAUUUUCACAACUAUAGUUCUGUAUAAUGGACCAAGUUGUUGCAUUUUGCAGUUACGUCAAGUUUGGUCUGUGUUCAUGCAAGGACAUUUGCAAGCCAACCAGAGUGUCCAUCUCCUCUGCAGAUAUUUGCAUGGAAUUUUGGCUUUGAAAACAAGAAAGUACCAAUAAUCUGGUGCCAUCAUUUUUUGCUUUGUUUUUAUUAAAAUACUUGUAAAGGUGAACAUUCUGGUAAUGUGGCAUCACUUAUUACCAUCUCUUCUUUUAAAGUCUGAUUAAAGCAUAUUAGGAUGACAGGUUGGCACUGGAAAAGAAGGAGUAAAACCAGAAUUUAAGACCCAGUUAGCACUUUCUUUGUCAGCAGGGUACGUCCUUAAAUCAUGGUAACUUGGAUGUAAAUGUGAUGCUAAUUUCAAUUAAAAAAAAGGGUUUUGCCAAAAACUUGCAUCAAAAACCAUCAAAAUCUUACUAGUCAAAGUAGAAUGAAAUGCUAAGUAGGAGGUAGUGAUGGUAGCCACUUAAAGUAGCUACACUGGACAGCAUUCUCAUUAUUUGCCCAUUUUCACAUGCAGCUUUAAAUAAGACCUGAAGCUAUUCAGAAAGACCAAUAACUCAUUUGAAAAAUGUUUACAAAGCCAGUGAAUCAACUAAGAAGUAGAAGAUAUUUUCUCAUAAUAAAAACACUUUGAACUACUAAAGUAUUGUUUGCACUCACUAAAGUCACCGCCAUUAGAAAGAGUUCAGACUUUAUCAAGACUGUCUUUAAUUUUCAGAUGAAUACUGAUGGAAAAGUGUUGAUGAUUUUCCUGCAGGCUCCUUUAAAGAUUGAAUAAAGUCCUGCAAAAACUACAAGCACACUGCUCUCUGAUUGGCUGAGGUCAUCUUCUGUCAGUGCUGCUCUUUGUCAUUAAAGCUUGUUCAGAAAAUGUUGGGAUUUUUAAACGUCCCACUCCCUAUCUGACCCCUGUAUCCGUCUUCAGAAUGAUGUACUGAGGACAGGACUGCAGGGACACAUUUGAAUAAUCUUUCGUUGUCAAAGAUCUGUAACAACAGACAAACUGUAAAGCCUUCAUUGCACAGGAGCUGUUUACCCGGGGAUCAAAGUUAAUCAAAAAACUGACCCAAAAUGUGCAAUUCACAAGAGUUUGCCUUAUUUGUCACCCUGGUAAGUUCCCUACCCAGCUUCCAUGUAUUUUAUCUGUCUGAUCCUUUUUAAAUGUCACACAUCUGGGUGAUUUGUAUGGAGGCCCUAAGAGGACAUGCAGUCACACAUGUAAUGAUACUACAGGCUCCCUAUGAGAAUGAGAUAAAGGGACAUUUUGGUAAUUUUGAGGUUGGGUUAUAUGAGGUACCUGGCAAUACUAGUGAGCGUUGCCCCUUCAAACGGGACGAGCUUGAAGAAGCUGAGCUUUACAGCGUAGCAGAUGGGUAUUGAUGCUUCAUGUAAUUUAGCAAGUUUAAGGAAGAUAUAGGCCUAAAAACAAUGCUGGCUCAAUGGUGCGUUAUAGCAAAAAUGUAUGAAAUGUUUUAUUUUUCACUCAGAGGCCUCUGAGAACGUCACUAUUUUGCAAUUUGAGCUUUGACAACUGGCUACGUGCUCUUCCGCCUCAACAUAUCUGAUCAGUUGUUAAAGUUUGUGGCCUUGUCAGAGAAAGCUAAGCUGAAACAACACUAAAAUGAGCGAUUUAGACUUGAGUGGCGAUGAGGUAAUGUCUAGUUGUAGACUAGUAAGCGAAAAACCUCGCUAAAAAGACAAAAUGUCUACUAGUACGCUUAAAAACAGAGUAAUAGUAGUACUAGUAGCCUUUUGGAUCUUAGUAGGAGUGCAAAGUACCUUAUUCCAUAAAAAAAUGUCCAAAAGUACAUGUACUGUAAUUUAAGUUAAAGUAAUUAGUUACUUUCCACCCCUUACUACUAGUAGGGAAAAAACCUGAUGGAUGUUGGAGAUAAGACUGACUUUAUUCAUGCCCAGCUGGUGCACUCAUAUCCUGGGUAUUUUUUUUUAAGCAUCCGCAGACAGCUCCAUAGUCUGGACCCUUUUGUUUCUUAAUAUUUUUGCUUUCAGCAGCAGAGUAGCAACUGUAGCAAGUCAUUUACCACCUCUUGUUCUUUAUUCAGACUGUACAUUACACUAUCAGUUAUAUGCAGCUACAAGAGAGGUAUGAAAAGCAAAAGUGGAAGCAAAAAGAGUCAUUGCUUCAGAAACAAAACAUCAUCUCCCCAGUCCAGUCAGAACCACUUUGUCAAGUAACCCACAUGGUUUACAGUUAUAAAUAGUUUUUCUUUACUAGCAGUUAUUAAUUUGCACUUAUUGCUGUUAUUUAUAUCUGGGGGUGUGGCUGUUCUGGGAUCACCCUGGCCUUCCGUGAGCCUACGUGGAAAGCAUCAGGCAGGAACAGCAUUCCUGCCUUUCCUGUGCCUACGAGGAAAGCCUGAGGCAGGGAGAGAAGCAGUAAAAAAAACCUCAGAGCAGAGCAGGCAUCAAUGACAACAGAAUGACACUGAUUUAGUCAGAAGCAGCAAAGGAGGAGCUGGGGUGGAGGAGGGUAGCAAAAGCACAUAGAGGGAGCAGCAACAAGUGCAGCUAAGGCAUCAUGAGUGUGAGAAGCCAAUCCAGUGCUUAGAAUCAAAUCAGCUGACCAUCAGCUGAUGACAGCUCGCGUUAGAAUAGCUGGUCUCAAUUAUACGGUACCACUUGAACUAACUCUUUAUGCCCAAUUUGUGAACUUCAAGGGUUUCAGAAUGCUGCCAGCAGCCUGUUGCAGGCAGUUACAAGUUUGCAAGACAGCUCAUAUCAUCAUGACUCUUCAAUCAUAAGGCUCACUUAGUUUCCUGUGAAUUGCACUCAUGGGACUACGACCACAGACAAACUACUUGUCCACUGAGAAUAACUACAGAUGCCCAGGUAACACUUUUUCCUGUGCAAACAAGGCUGACAUCUGUUUGAUUUUCAGUGCAAUGCAAUUCUUUGGUUGUAUUUCUUGUGCCAUGUGAUCUCAUCUCAGUAUGUUGAUGGGAAACAUCAAACAAACAGGGACAAGCUCUCAGAUUACACACCAACAUUCGCAGAAAAACAUCCACCUCCUCAAAUCCACCCUGUCCUUGAUUCUGGGAGGAUCAGAGGAGAAAUCGUUCUGACUCUGGAGAAGGCGUGAUGAAGGCAGUGUGCACAGUGUUUUCUUUUUGUUAGUCCAGUUGCCUUUAAAGUGAUCGACCCCAGCGCCUUCAUUCAGAACAUGUUAAAUGUAUAAAAAAAGAGAGACAUAAAAAGAGAGGAAGCUUUCUGAUCUCCCUCCCUGUUUUUAGUGAAUAACGUACUGUGAUAUUUACGUAGGCUACUGAGAUCAUGUUGUUUGGCUGCUGAUUUACUGUUGAUACUAUCUCUCAGUUGUGGCUUUGCUCAUGGUGACCCAAACCCCGACCUCCCCUGCGCUCCCUCUCCCACCCGUCCCUCCAUCUGACAGGACCCUUAGCUGUCCGCCACCUUCGUAUGUUACACCCACUUUUUUCUAUCGUCACAGAGAGCGUUUCCUCGGCCCACCAUCUCACAUCGUAGACCCCAUCUUCUCUGUCCUGAUUGGUUCGUGCUGUAUCACUGAGCAGACGCCAUUAGGAUGCCAGGAGUCUGUCCUCGUCCUCCCCUGGACGUUUCUCAUUGUGGUGUAUAUUAGCAUUAGGUAAUAUAGACCUCAAUGCACUUUGCUUUGACUUGAAUCAGCUCCUUCCAGUGUACCUGUACAGGUAAUACCCAGAACUAGCCACUGGAGGGCGCCAAUGUCUUAAAUGUGAAACACUUCAAUUUGUGGAUAUUUGCACAGGUACUUUAUUUAUUUUUUAGAAUAAUAUCAUUUAAAAAAACAGGAUUUAUAUCAGUCAGUUGAUGGCUGUAUAUAAAAUAUAUGAAUAUAGUAUAUAUCUUAGAGCUCAAGGUUUAUUUAUAGCUAGAGCAAGGGAAGUACUUCUAGUUUAAAACAGAUUCUGUCAGUGACAAUGGGGAACAAAAUCAACCUGCAAUCCUGCAUGACUUCAGAGUUUUUGGGUUUCAGGAGAAAAAAAAGAAGAAGAUGCACACCCAGGAUUGGAAGCUUUGUGAAAUACUGUUUUUAGCGUUAAAAAUAAAGAGCUGGUGCUGAAUGUAGCGCCAAUCCUCUCCCCUCUCACAGAAACAAACUUCAGGAUCGCUUUGGUACGCUACAGAGGGCUCCUGACUUCUUACAAGUAUUUAAAAAAUGCCAUGAAAUGAACCACAACGAGCAGCGUGGGAGAAAACGUUCACUUUGGGUCCUGUGAGGACGCCUACAGUGAGAAUAAAUGGUGUCGUUUGGUUCUGUAUUAACUUGAAUUCACUCCCCGACGUGUUGAAACCCUGGGUUGCAUUCAAGCCAUAGAAACGUUUUGUCGCUGACUCCUGUUUGACAAUUUGAAUCAGGUUGUUUGCAAACCGGGCUCAAAGCUAAUAAGUGUGCAAUGACUCACGAAUCUUAGUAUAAGAUGGAUUAAAUUGUCUUAAGGUGGAAUCUACUGUGAAAACUUCUUGAGAAGAGUUUUGUUGAGUACCUGCGUGUUUAGAUGAUGGAUGGGUCAGUAUUAGAUCCUCAUGAGGCACAGUAUUAACACUGGAAAUGAUUAAAAACAGACUGAAGAACACAGUUUGACCUGUAUGAGUAAUUUUACAUCCUCCCCUCAGAGACAAACUGUAACCUGAGACGGAGACGUUGUGGUAUAUAAGGAGAACAUGGAGCUGAAGAUUAAUAAAAUUCACUGAUGUUGGCAGUU